AUGAUUCAGGAGUCAAUCAACAAGCUCUUUUGCAUUCUUGAGUCCAACAAGAAAGCAAAAGCAUCAAACGAUAUCGACGACACUCUGAUCACAAAGCAACUCAACUUACGAAAUCCAGCAACAACUCAACAGACCGUCUCAAGCACAUCCAAAAUUAUCGAGACUGAAUACAAAUGUGGACAUUCCACUACGACCUCUCGUCCCUGUGAGAAGGCCAGGGAGCCCAGCGGCAUCUGGGACUCGUGCUUCUCCAAGAAGCCCAAGUACUGCUCCCACCCCCGAGAAGAAAAGAAGGAGUUUGAGGGCCUUUGCGACAAGUGCCGGGAGAGAGCAGCCAGUAAGACUAGGCAGGACAGAUCAGCUAGCAAGUCUAGAAAACCACUUGGUCGCAGUGCGUCCGUCCGGGAGCCUGCCCCUGCUCACAACGAAAACAUCAGACUUGUGAAGGGAACAGCCACAGAAAGGCACGAAUUCUUCCUCCAAGAAGGGGCACCCUCAAGAGGACGAAGCAAGGACAUCUCCAAAGACAAGUCCAGAGACAAGUCCAGAGACAAGUCCAGAAGCAAAUCCAAAGGCAAGUCCAAAGACACCUCGAGACGUCCUCCCCCUCCCCUCGCUGCCCGCCCUCUUGCUCGGGAAGCCCUCAACAAGGGAAAAGGUAGGUCUUCCUCCGUACCUCCUCAUGACAAGGCAGCAGUUCCCCCGCCAAGGGGAUCCAUCACCAACUACAAGACUAAGCCGCUGCCCCCUCUUCCCCCCAACUCUUCGAAGUCUUCGAAGAUCGUGGGAUCAUCUACUUCCACCUCCAGAAGCAGUUCCAGAAACGGCCGCCCCUUAGUCGCCCCGCCUCGCCACGGCCCUUACAUCCCAGACAAUGCAGCCUCAGCGGUGCCUGCGCCGCUCCGACCCCGUCGACCCUCCGAGUCCCAGGCGAGGCUACCGAGGGGAGACAAGAACGCCCCCCUCCGGGAAUCGCAACGGUUCGUAAACCCCGGCCCGGCCCCGCCCGUCCCUUACCCCGUGCCCCAGGCCUGUUACAAAUACGACUUGCCCAACAUCAUCGCCGCGGAACUUAGACAAGAACAGUUCGAAAGGGAAAGGGGCCGGGAUCCCCAUCCCAAGCCGGUGCCGCAGCAGCAGCGGCCGUCUCACCAGCCCUACAUCAAGGUUGGCUUCAGGCCUCAUGACCAGGGGCAACAACAGAAAGGGCAAGUAUCCCAACCCCAUCACUACCCCCCAAACGCCAGUCGCCACGUCGAGAUACAAGCUCCCGUACCUCGCAGAAAACUGUCAAAGACAAGACUCAACGACGCUGCUGACAAUUUUUUCGGAGGCGGCGGUAGCAGCAGAUCAGCCAGCAAGACCCGCGAGAGGUCUGCGUCUUUCAAGCACGACAAGCAUGACAAGAACCACGGCAAGAAGCACCAAAAGCAGCCAAGCACCGCUAGCUCCUUCAUGAAUAAGAUUAGGGCUGGUCUUGGUUACGAUGAUGAUGAGGAUAGCGAUUCGGAUGAGUCGUGGGCUUGUGCCGAUUCAAGGGCCAUCGAGAGGGGCGAGAGCACACACCAGCCGAGCACGACAACCUCAAGGCGAACUAGUUACCAUGCAGGUGACCAUUACAUGCACGGUGCGCUGUAG